UUUAUAUUAAUAAUAAAACAGUGAAAAUGGUGCAUAAAUUGCAAUUGGAACCAGUGACAGCGUCUGGCAGCAAAUUUAGAUCGGUGAUAUCGCAACUGGUAGCAUGUAUGGCACCGAACCUUCUCCUGCUGGACCUGGGAAUGGCCAUCAGCUUCUCCACCAUAGCGGUGCCGGGACUCCUCAACGCCCCAGAAGGGCUCUCACUAAAUGAACAGCAGGCUUCCUGGUUUGGAAGUUUAUCGUACCUCACGCAGCCGUUCGGCGCUCUCCUUUCCGGGCCCAUAGUGGACUACUUCGGCAGAAAGAAAGCCACAUUCAUGGUGAACAUACCGCGGUUGGUGGCGUGGAUCACCAUGUACUACUCUUGGAACCUGCCCAUGCUGUUCAUCGCCAAUGGCCUCAUGGGCAUGAGCACAGGACUCAUGGAGGCGCCAAUCAACUCUUACGUUGGAGAGAUCACAGAGCCUUCAAUACGCGGUGCACUGUGCACUGUGACGCAGUUCUUCACCGCUAUAGGUGUGAUGCUGAUGUAUUUCAUGGGUACCGUCGUGGACUGGAGGACAGCAGCUCUGAUCAGCAUCGCUACUCCUAUCGUAUCAAUGCUUUUCAUACUUUUUGUGCCCGAAACACCAGUAUGGCUUCUAUCGCGAGGCCGGGAGAAAGACGCCCUCAAGUCCCUCUGCUACCUCCGCGGCUGGACCACCUCCGAUAACGUCCGGGAAGAAUUCGACCAACUCUCAGUCUAUUCCAAGAAGCUGCAACGCUGCGUUAUCUGCUGCAAGACCGAGGAAGACGAAACUAAAGACUGCGAACAUAACAAAAUGAACUGUGUGAGAAGAUUCCUUCUGAAGUUCAGAUACGUGAUAAUAACCAAGGAGACACUAAGACCGUUAACGCUAAUGGUAUUAUACUUCCUGUUUCAUUCGAUGAGCGGUCUGUCGCCGAUCAGGCCGAAUAUGGUCAACGUUUGUGGGGCCUUUGGCAUGGCCGAUGAUGGGAAGCAUAUAGUGUUCAUGAUCGGUAUACUGACGUUCAUCACGAGUGGCUUAACCAUAAUCCUGAUCAAACUCCUUGGGAAACGGAAGGUGGCUAUAUCUGCCAUGUUCGGUUCGGCAUUAGCCUGUAUGGGGCUGAGUAUUUACGCUAAACAAUUCCUAGAGUCGACGGUCUUCUCAUAUGACACUACAACCUUCCCUCAAGAACGAAGCUAUGUGCCGUUGGUCUUUUUCUACUGCCUAGCUAUUUUCAAUGGAUUGGGUAUACCUUGGGUGCUGCUUGGCGAAGUAUUCCCAUUCAGGAGUCGCGCCGCAGCGCAAGGGUUCGCCGCAGCCGCCAACUACGUCAUCAUGUUCUUCGGCUCCAAAACCUUCCUCAACUUCGAAACGCACUUCGAACUCGCCGGCGCUUUCGCCCUCUACGCCGCCUUGGCGUACGCUGGCACCGCCUACCUCUACUUCUUCCUACCAGAGACUGAAGGGAAGACCUUGCAAGAGAUCGAGGGAUACUACAGCGGGAAAUUUAGACACUUCGCAGACGACCCGGUCAUAAAUCUCUUUAAACGAUUCAAAAAGAAAUAGAGUG